AAUUGAUAACAAAUGUGGGGAAGAAAAAAUGAAAUCCACAACUUGCGACAAACGCGACGGGAUCUUCGAGGCGACAUGAACUUCGUCGGUCAGCAUUACUACCAGGUCAAUCGAAUCCUUCUCGAAAUAUUAGGACUGUGGCCAUACAACAAUUCGAUAUUCAUACGGAUUUACAGAGUAUCGAUGCUUACAGUUUUCGUGUCUUCCUCCAUUACUCAGUUCGCGAAAUUGCAUGAUACUAUAAGCGAUCUCGAUCGCUUUCUGUACAAUCUGACGUACGCGGUGCCUUCUCUUAUUUAUAUCCUGAGAUUCGUCACCUAUAUUACUAGCGGUAAACAGCUGAGACAACUGUUGGAUCGAAUACAACACGACUGGAAUACGUUUAAGGACGGAGAAGAACGCAAGAUUAUACGGUGUAGUGCCAUAACCGGAAUGCAAUGCACGAUAUUUGCCUACGUUGUAACAUUUAUCCCACUGUUCGGCUAUAUCGUCACGCUGUACAUUCCGACCUUCCUCGAUUUCGUUCGCCCUCUGAACGAAUCUCGUCCGAGAAAAUUGCCCAUCUUAUCGGAAUAUUUCUUUCUUGACGAACAGGAAUAUUAUUAUCCUAUGCUAGUGCACCACUCAAUGGUAAUUGGAAUAGGUAUAACCUUAGUAAUUUCCACUGAGGCAAUGCUUAUGGUGUUUAUUCAGCACGGUUGCGGACUAUUUGAAGUAAUCAGUUAUCGCUUGAAGCACGCUUUUGACGAGCAUGAGACAUCAUGUAUGCCCAACAUGUCCGACCGCGAAAAAUACAGUAUGAUUCACUCAAAAAUCACCGAGGCCGUAAUAAUUCACAAGAGAGCUAUCGAAUUUUUAGAUCGCUUCAAGUUGGCGUUUAACUCGUCUUACUCGAUCAUGCUCAUACUCGGCAUAGUCACGAUUACCAUCAACAUGUAUCGCCUACUCCGAGCCCUUGAAAUGAUGAACGAUUGGGAGGAACUAAUGGCGUCCGGGAUUUUCGUUUUAGGCCAGUACGGUUACUUGUUUGGCGUUAACUAUUUCGGUCAGAAAUUAAACAACUAUAGUAUUCGUAUGUUCAAUAUGACAUAUGAAGCAUUCUGGUAUACGGCGCCAAUACAAGCACAGAAAAUUCUUAUAUUCAUACUCCAAAAGAUGAUGAAGGGUUAUGCAUUGAAUAUCAGCAAUAUUGGCAUAAUUAUAGCAUCGUUGGAGACCUUCGCAUCGGUAACAAUAUAUUUCUUGCAAUUUCAAACGAAUAAUUAAUUAAGAAAUAAACAUUAUCUCAUACAGCUAUAAUAACGCAACCCUCAUGAACUUUACAUGACAAUGAUACCAUAAUCGAUACCUAAACCUAGUUUAUUAAUUCAUUUCUUAUUUCUUUUUAUUCUAUUUUCAAAAUAUCAUAUAUCUUAAUUAUUUCUUUCAGUUGACGAACAUGACACUGUCAUAUCUUACUGUGAUCUACUCCGCGCGUAAAGAUUGAAAUCAACCGUGACUUUGAUUCUAAUGAUCAAUACAACAGACUAGUAGCACUUAUGAAAAAACUCAAUUUUUGCAGAAUAAAAUGCAUUCGCCACAAGCAUUAGUAAACAUUAUGUGAGAAGAACACAGCAUUAUAUAUUUAAUAAGCCACACCUCGUACAUUUUUAUAUCGUGAAUCAUAACACCCCUCGCUUCUCUGAUAACACUACUUUUCUAAUUUUUUAUCACUUUGCAGAUUAUCGGUUUUGAUACAGCAUAAACGUGAUUGUUGAAAAACAUUAUUGAUACUUUGCUGUUUUAUUCUUUCUUAUUUUACCCCAUUUCAGUAUUUUAACCUAGUUCAGUAUGUUACCCUAUUUUAGAAGGUUACAGAAAUCGAUUCUAAUCGAUAGUUUAGUCGUCCCCUGUUUUAUGGCAUUCGAAGCAACGCUUUUUGUUCGUACCCUACAAUUUCGCAAGGUGGUAAUAAUGUGACUCAGUGAGGGGAAGAUCGAAAUACAUAAUAAAACAACAGAGAGAAAGAGAAGUAAAAGGUUAUACAAAGUAUCUAAAAAUCUUAAAAAAUAUUUUAUCCUUAAAUCUAGAUAAAUCUUACUGCACAAAUAUAUUGUUAUAACAACCAAAGUCAGAUCUAUUUAUUAUCAGUCUCAUUAUAUCAAUCGAACCGCCGACAUUUUAAAAUGUUUUUUCGAACGCGGCAUUCUCGUUUUAUCAGACAUGAGCGAAAUCACAAUCUGCAAGUAAAACGUUGCUUCGUCUGACUUGGCUAUUUUUCUAUUUUUCACGAUAAGAAUGCAAGAAAAAUCCUUCGCGAAGCUGUUAUCUUCGCAGUAUCAUAAAUAAAUGAAAAAAGUAUUCCUACGUUUCAUAACGAAAUUAUUACCAAGGAAAAAUAAAUCUAUCCUUGGCAUGCAAAUCCAGUAGUACUUUCGAGAGAAAAGGCAAUUCUUCUCGUGAAGAAUUCGCGAUGAUAAUCGCAGUUUUCUUUUUUAUAUGUAUUUAUUCUCAAUAUUAUUUUUACCUCAACAUAUCUCACGCAUCAUACCUUAUUUUAUUCCUAUCAAGACACAGUUAAAUCACCGAGUAUUUGAAGUAUGCAACUUAUCGUGUCGAACGACAACAAAACAAAAAAAAAAAGAGAAAAAACACCAACCACACACAUUCAAUGCACUAAACAAUUCAAACUUGACGCGCGACUAUUUCACGAGUGGUAGUAACGCCACGCUGUUUCGCGACAACGCGGGAAAGCAAAGCUCUUCUUCGCACGACAGUCCAUGCGAUAUUGAAGAAAGCACCGCAUAUGAAGAGCAUUGCUCGCUAUUGCGCCCGCGCUGCGCCACGACGACGACGUCGCGCCGCGUCAGGUAAAAUUAUCACUUGCGUUAUCCUUAUCCAACGAGAAAUUUAUAGACAUGUGUGUCGUCAUUGAGAGAUGAACAAUAACUUUAUUUAUUAUCAGAGAAUAGUCUCAUAUUCGAUAACAACAAAAAUGUCGAGUUCGCGUUAGAAACAUCCUCAUGAAAAAUUCUCACCUUCCGCUUCUUUAACUAGCUUAAAAUUGAUAUUAAAUAAUCCUCUCAUAAAAUGGUACACACAUCAU